UCCGGCCGAUUUUGUCCCUCUCCACCACUCCAUCUCCAAGUCCCAACUCUAGUCUCUCCCUCUAAAACCCACACACUCUUCCUCUUCUUCUUCUUCUUCUUCUCUUCCUGCCUCUAUAAAAUCGCCACCCUUCACCUACCUCUUCCCUCUUAAACCACUUAUCCUGCGCACUCAUCACACUCUCUCACGCUUCCUUUCUCUCUGUACAAAACCCCAUCACUCAGUUUACACAACUCUAGACUGUGAUAGUAGUAGAAAUGGAAGAAAUUGUUGGGUGUACUUGGAGACCGGAAUCAGUAUCACUAACUGGAUUCCGACCACCUGAAACCCCAAAGGAACCCAUGGAGUUUCUUUCACGUUCUUGGAGUGCUUCAGCUAUGGAAGUUUCUAAAGCUGUUACUCCUUCUCCUAAUACUCCUAGUUCUCUUUUGAAAUCCUUUAAUGGUUGUUCUAUUGUUAAUGGUGGUGGCGGUGGGGGUGGGGGUUGUGCUAUUCCUGAAGAAGAAGAUAUUGGUAUUGAGUUAGAAGCUGCUAUUGUUUCUGGAAAUCCUUUCUCUUUUGCUUCUUCUGCUACUUCUCAACUCGUCAUGGAACGCAUCAUGUCUCAAUCCCAAGAUGUAUCUCCUCGUACUUCUGGUAGGCUAUCUCACAGUAGCGGUCCAUUAACUGGUCCUCAAAGUUGUGGCUCUUUAACUGAUAGUCCUCCUGUUUCUCCCACAGAUAUUGAUGAUUCUAAGUUCUACCGUACAAACAACGCUAUGCCAUCACAUUAUAGAAAUAGCAAUGGUGGUGGUAGUAAUGCUGGAGGUGUUGAAAGAGGAGUCGGUGGUGGUGGAAGUAAGACGGUGGGAAGGUGGUUGAAAGAUAGAAAGGAGAAAAAGAAAGAAGAAACCCGAGCUCACAGUGCCCAACUUCAUGCUGCGGUUUCCGUUGCUGCCGUUGCUGCUGCAGUUGCCGCUAUAGCUGCAGCCACAGCAGCAUCUUCGGGUUCAGGAAAAGAUGAGCAAAUGGCCAAAACAGAUACGGCAGUGGCUUCAGCUGCGACAUUAGUGGCUGCACAAUGUGUAGAGGCUGCCGAAGUCAUGGGUGCAGAACGUGAACACCUUGCCUCUGUAGUUAGCUCUGCUGUUAAUGUGCGAUCACCUGGAGAUAUAAUGACACUAACAGCUGCUGCCGCCACUGCUUUGCGUGGGGCUGCAACGUUAAAGGCAAGGGCAUUAAAGGAAGUAUGGAAUGUAGCUGCAGUAAUACCAUUAGAGAGAGGCAUGGGUAUGGGGAUAAGUAAUGGUAAUAAUACUUGUCAUUCUAGUGGUAGUUACAGUGGCGAGCUUGUUCCAGAGGAAACUUUUCUUGGUACUUGCAGUCAAGAACUUCUUGCCAAGGGCUGUGAACUUCUCAAACGUACUCGUAAAGGGGAUCUUCACUGGAAAAUUGUCUCUGUUUAUAUCAAUCGGUUGGGUCAGGUAAUGCUGAAAAUGAAGAGUAGACAUGUUGCAGGGACCAUCACCAAAAAGAAAAAGAAUAUGGUGUUGGAGGUUUGCAAAGAUAUGCCAGCUUGGCCGGGUCGUCAUUUGCUCGAGGGUGGAGAAUAUAGACGGUAUUUCGGGUUGAGGACUGCGCAGCGAGGCUUAGUAGAAUUCGAGUGCAGGAACCAAAGGGAGUAUGACAUUUGGACUCAAGGUGUAUCUAGGCUUCUCUCCAUCGCCACAGAGAGGAAAACUAGACAUCGAUGAUUCUAGCUCUGUUGCACUUAUGGAAAAUUUGCUGUUCAGGCAUUUUCUUUUGUGUGCCCAUAGGGCUCUUGAGUCUUGACAAUAUAUCUUUUGUGAACUUGGUGGGGGGGAGUUCUUUUUGGCUGUUAUCUAUUGUAAAAAGGAAAUGGAGGGCAACAAAGUAUAUGAUAAAUCAUCUAUAGAGGUAGUUUAGAGCUACCUUUAAGUAGUACUCUUGGAAUAUUUCGGGUUUUUAUUUUGUACAAUGAGGGAAGAAGAAAAGUGAACCCAGGGUAGCCUAAAAAAGAAGAAAAACCAUGUGGGUUUGGACAAGAAAUGGAGAAUCUUGGACUGCUAUGGUCAAAAGGAGGAGCAAGGAAAACCGAUUAAGGUUUAGAAAAUGCAAACUAAAAAGAAGUAUUUUGUUUAUUUAAUGUGAUAUUUGAAAUCCUUAAUGUAGAGUUUGUCUCUGUUUGUCUCUUCUAAAGGGUUUAUAACCUAGUGGGGGUUGAGCUUUAGAAUCUUGAAAGUGAAGACAUCAAUAAUAUAUUGCAGGCAUGAUGAUUGUUUUUGGAUAA